AUGUGUGCGGCAGAACUGCUCAGGAUUUCCGACUUCAUUGAACACUCCUUGGCUGUGGUUCUUGAGCACACAGGUCCUGGAGCCCGGAAGUACCAGAUGCCCAACAGCAGCUCCAUCAGCGAGUUCCUCCUCCUGGCGUUGGCAGACACGCGGCAGCUGCAGCUCCUGCACUUCUGGCUCUUGCUGGGCAUCUACCUGGCUGCCCUCCUGGGCAACGGCCUCAUCAGCACAGCCGUAGCCUGCGACCACCGCCUGCACACCCCCAUGUACUUCUUCCUCCUCAACCUCGCCCUCCUCGACCUGGGCUGCAUCUCCACCACUCUCCCCAAAGCCAUGGCCAAUGCGCUCUGGCACACCAGGGACAUCUCCUACGCAGGAUGUGCUGCACAGGUCUUUUUCUUCCUGUUUUUGUUUUCAGCAGAAUAUUAUCUUCUCACGGUCAUGGCUUAUGACCGCUACGUUGCCAUCUGCAAGCCCCUGCACUACGGGACCCUGCUGGGCAGCAGAGCUUGUGCCACCAUGGCAGCAGCGGCCUGGGGCACUGGGCUCCUUAAUUCCCUGCUGCACACUGCCAAUAAAUUUUCCCUGCCUCUCUGCCAAGGCAAUGCUGUGGAUCAGUUCUUCUGUGAAAUCCCCCACAUCCUCAAGCUCUCCUGCUCAGAUGCCGACCUCUGGGAAGCUGGGUUACUCCUUUUUAGUUUCUGUGUUGUCUUUGGUUGUUUUGUCUUCAUUGUUGUGUCCUAUGUGCAGAUCUUCAGGGCCGUGCUGAGGAUGCCCUCUGAGCAGAGACGGCACAAAGCCUUCUCCAUGUGCCUCCCUCACUUGGCUGUUGUCUCCCUGUUUGUCAGCACUGCCAUAUUUGCCUACCUGAAGCCUCCCUCCAUAUCCUCCCCAUCCCUGGACCUGGUGGUGUCAUUUCUAUACACAGUGGUGCCUCCAGCUUUGAACCCCCUCAUCUACAGCAUGAGGAACCAGGAGCUCAAGGGUUCCCUCAGGAAGAUACUCCAACAUGCCCUGUUUCACUAUCAGAAAGAUGUUCAUCAUGCUCUCAAGACUACAGAAAAUUUAGGAAAAGCCUGAUAGAUUUUAUGUGGUGUUUCUGUUUCUUCUUCAUAUCAGUUUGUCAUACGUAUAAUAAAUUUAAUUCCAAU